AUGCAUAAAUACUUUCCUAACUGUUUUCCUCUUUCUGAUGAAGUUAGUGAAAAUGGUAGCUGGAUUUGGAGAGGUAUCUGCAAAGGUUUGAAAAUUGUUAAACAACAUUAUUGUUGGGAGCUAGCUGAUGGAAAGGAUAUCAAUAUUUGGAAGGACAAGUGGAUUCAUGGGUGUCAGAAUCUAGUCCCUUCUACUAAUUGGUCUUCUAAUAUGGUUCAUGUUUCUCAACUUAUAGAUCAAGAUACUAAAUCUUGGAAUUUAAGUAUGCUUAACACUCUUUUUCCAGCUGAAACAGUUAAUCAGAUAUGUAGGAUUAGAAUUCCUAUGUUAGGGAAAGAUAGAAUUAGGUGGACAAAAACUAGAAAUGGAACAUUCACAGUUAAAUCUGCUUAUAACACUCUUUUGGAUGAGGUCUCAGCUAGUAACACUAGUAGUAACACUAGCUUUAUAUGGAAAAGAUUAUGGAGCAUGAAACUGCCUCCUAAAGUUCUCCACUUACUUUGGAGAAUUCUACAGGAUUGUUUAUCCACUAGAGAUAAAAUAAGAAUUUGGUUUGAUAUGGAUGCUACUGUCCUUGUUAGUGUAGGCAAUAAGAAUUUGGUUUCUUGGCUUACUGAUAUGUUUGUCUCUAAUAAUUUUUAUGUUGAUUCUGUGCAGGCACCUAGUGCUAGUACACUUUCAAACCUGAAGUGGACUGUACCUUCACAUAAUGUUGUUAAAGUGAACUUUGAUGUAUCUUUUAUAAGUAAGGAUCUACCUAUGGGAAUGGGACUAAUUGCUCGCAAUUCUGCAGGGGCAUUCCUUGGAGCAAAGGGGACUACAGAUACAACAAUAGAUGAGGAACAAGGGGAAGCGAUUGCGGCACUGGAAGCGAUCAAAUGGGCAGAUCGGAGGAAUAUUUCUGAUCUGCAUCUGGAAGGGGAUAACAAGAAUGUAGUGGAUGCUAUCAAUGGAAGAACUGGAGGGAUUAAAUGGACAACUAACAAUGUUAUUCUGGAAUGUUUGAAUUUACUUAGAGUUUUUAAUAAUUGGAAAUGCUCUCAUGUUAAAAGAGAAGCAAAUAGUGUAGCUGAUGAUAUUGCAAAAUAUGCAAGAAUCAACAAAAACACUAAAUGGAAUAUUUCUCCUCCGGAUUUUAUCUUAGGCUAA